GUUCAUUAUUUUGUUGAAGAAAAAGAAAUGAAACAAAAAGCAAAUUCAGUAAUAUAGAAGCCCUCUCCCGCCAGGAAGCAAUAAACGAACAAUAACCUUUCUUUCUUCCUUCUCGUUCAUCUGAUUAAUUCUGAUUAUUUGGGCUUCCAUUUUUUCUCCUCAGAAUAUGACGUGAAUGCUUGCCUGAAAUAUUUUGUGGGACUUUCAAGUUUUAAUUAAAAGGGUUCAAAGACAGCGCAAAAAUAGAGGAAUAAAAUUUAAUUGCUAAAAUCAUCAUGUGGAACACCCUAAAAGAGAGAUAUUUGUUAGAGAGCGACGAAAAAGCAGCUCUUGAAAGUGAAAUGGAGACGCUACAAAAAAAUUUAACUCGAGUAACAAAUGAAAAGGUGGUUGCUCUUAUGGAAUUGGCACAAUUGAAGCAGGAAUACAAUCUACUACAAGAGAAACUCAAUGAGGAUAAGCUUGUAAUUGAUAAAGAAGAGAAAAACAUGAUUCAUGAUAAAGAUGGAAGAUUAAAAAGUUUGUUAAAAAAGACAUACUUUAGCGAGUGCUUUUAUCCUCAACAAGAUUAUGCACAAAAUAUCAGCAAGAACAGUUCUAGUGCUACCACGGAUUUUGCAAAAAUGAAGGUUGAAUAUAUAUCACACAUGGAGAGCUUGAAAAGCAUGGAACAUUUAGCUAGUACAGUUCGUAGACUUCGUUUGUCACUCAUUAAGGUUAAAAAAUCUGUUUCGGUAUUGAAUACGGUUUCAGACAUUAUUGAAAAUGUUGAGACAGAGGCAAAGCUUUUAAAGAUGGCUUGUGUUCCUGUAAGUUGGUCAGAUGAGUUGGAUACAGGUGAGGGGAAAGUUGAUGCCGUGUCAGCAGCUGGUUUUGAGAUGGUGGAGUUGCUUAUUUUAGCGACACAACUAUUAAAAAGCUCGAUGUCUUGAAACAGACAAAUAGAUAGAUAAUAAAUUGGUUUAUGGUUUGAUGGUGAAUAGUUUGUAUAGAUAUAUCCGGUGGUCCAUGUUUAUAUUGUUUUUGUGUGCUAUUAACUUAAGAUUAUUUACUAAUUUUUUUAGCAGUUGUAAUCUUAUAAGUAGUGCUAUGGGGUAUGGAGUAUGAUAGAAGAAACAAAGGUCACAAGUUUGAAAAAAAUAUGUACUAAGUUUUCGUUAAUUUAACUAUUAUAUAUGCCAUUAGAAAAGUGCAUAUGACCUAUUUUGGGACAUCUUUAAAGAACGAGGUCGAAAAUCAUUGGGAAAAUAUGUUCGAAACUGAGGAGAAUAAAAAGGUCCUUGUUAUUCAUUGACAUAAUGAUCAACGCUUCCUAAUAUCCAUAUCUUGAAGACAAAUUCGGA